UGUGUUUGGAAGUGGAAAUGGGCAGCAGGGAGGAGGAAUGUGAAACAUUUCUGAUGCCGGUCCAGUGGCUGUUUACACGGUAGUCAGCCUGUGACAUCAGAGUCCAGACUUUAUAAAUGUCAGCAGGCGCAAGAAUGAGCAGUUAGCAAACAGCUGCACUGGUCGCACCACACCGUCACACAGGUCAGUGAGACAGACGGAGCUCCAUCAGCAACACGAGCCCUCAUGGACCGACUACUAUGUGACUGUGUGAUUGCUUUGGCUGUACUGCUUUGUGUGGCAACACAGGUGCUGUGUCAGCUGUGUGACAGACCCUGCCUCUGCCCUAGUCCUGCCCCUCAGUGCCCCCCAGGAGUCCCACUGGUGCAGGAUGGCUGCCGAUGUUGCCAGGUUUGUGCCAGGCAGCAGGGUGAGCCCUGCACCGAGAUGUUCCCCUGCGACAGCCAGAGAGGACUGCAGUGUGACUACAGCGCCAGCUUCCCCGGAGACCCUGGGGAGUGUGUCGGUCGGGAGGAUCUGGGCUGUGAAGUCAACGGCAUCACUUACCAAGAAGGCCAGUCGUUCCAGCCCUCGUGUGACACCUACUGCCACUGCAGAGGUGGAGGGGUGAGCUGUGUGCCAGCCUGUCCCAUGAAUGUACGUCUUCCCACUCCAGACUGUCCCAACCCACAGCACAUCCGGCUGCCAGGGAAGUGCUGCAGGGAGUGGGUGUGUGAAAACCUUGAUAACACGGUCAUUCAGGAUGCCAUUACAGCCAUGAGACCAGACCGGUUGUGGCCAUCCCUGCCAAGGGAUCACCCUUUGAACAGGCAGGCCUCACCCACCUCCACCUGUGUGGAGCAGAGCACCAAAUGGAGCGCCUGUUCCCAGAGCUGUGGGGCUGGAGUCUCCACACGCGUUUCCAACCAGAAUCCUGCCUGCAAGCUGCAAAUGGAAACUCGACUUUGCAAAGUGCGGCCCUGCCAUGCUGUUCAGCCUGCACCCAGGAGACCCACGUGGGGACAGCAGGGACGCUGCAAGGCGAGCUACACCUCACCAGGGCCCAUCCGACUCGUUCACCAGGGCUGCUACAGCACUCGGGCCUACAAACUCCGGUACUGCGGACAUUGCAGCGACUCUCGGUGCUGCACGCCGUACCAGACCACCACUGCUGAGGUGACCUUCCGCUGCCCCAGUGGCAGACUGCUGCAGCGAGCCGUGAUGAUGAUUCACUCAUGCGUCUGUCACAGCAACUGCCCCUACGCACCGUACACUAACCCCGCCCUGUGGGGACUCAGGCCCUGAUCAGCACGGGCUCACUGAGGACAGAAAGACGUCAGUGACUGAUUCAGUGAGAGAAACCUCAAGGAUCCUCCAGUGGAUCAGCAAAGGAUGGACCUUGAAAGAAAAAAUGACCAAAACUGUGACUGUCGGCAUGAACGUUGAUCUUCACACAUAGACAAACUCAGUCUGCACUUCUUCACAACUCCUAUAUAGUUCUGCACCUUAUAAAGCAUCAAUCUGCAAGUUUUAGAUUUUAUUCAAACAUCUAUAUUAUUUGGCAAAUCAAGCAAGCAGACUUUUUUCAAUAUACAGCUCACUUUACUACAAAGGUUAAAAAGUGCUUUAAAGGAAAAUAGCUGAAACAAAGGGGAUAUUCAGACAGGUGACAAAUUAAAGGAAAAAAAACACAGAAAGUGUCUUCAUGAAAGUGUUGGAUCACUAUGUGCAGCCCAAAUAUCUCCCACAGGUGUUUCUUUAGGUUGAGAUCUGGAGACUGUGACGGUCACAGCAUACGAUUCAUAUGACUUUCCUUAAACCUUACGGUGACCCCUCUGUGCCCUGUGGAUGGGGGCUUUGUCAUCCUGGAAGAGACCACUCCCAUCAGGAUGGAAAUGUUCCAUCAGAGCAUAAAUACAUUUGUAAUUCCCUCAAGGAUGACAAGGGUGCCCAAACCCUGCCAGCAAAAUGCCAUUCACAGCAUCACAGAUCCACCAGAUCCCCUCACUGUCGGGGUUAGAGGUUCAGCUUUUUCCUUUAAUUUGUCUGGAACUGUAUAACCCACAAGUUAUGGGGGAAAAAAGUGGGUAUUGAUAUUAUUGUUAAAGGUGUGCACUGAUUUGGUUUCUUAACAAACUUGCUCCCUCCACAUUUCAGAUAGAACAACUCCUUUAAGUACAAAGAUUCCUGAGCAUGCAAUGCUGUCAAAAGUGACAUUUUAAAAUCACUCUGAGGCAUCAGAGCAAUUCAUGCAGAGUUCACUGCAAAAAGCUGAACUGGUCAUAUGGAGCUGGCAGUUUGGAUUGGGAUGAGAAGGAAUUGGUUUUUUUUAUUGUUUUGGGAUUGCACAGUGGCUUGGAGGUUAGCACUUUCACCUUGCAGCUAGAAGAUCCCCAGUUUGCGUCCCGGCCUUCCUGGGAUGUUUCUGCAUGGACUCUGCAUGUUCUCCCUGUGCAUGUCUGGGUUCUGUCCACAGUCCAAAAACAUCCUGAGGUUAACUGGGAACUCUAAAUUGUCCGUAGAUGUGAAUGCAAGUGUGAUUAUUUGUAUAUGUAGCCCUGCGAUAGACAUGACCUGUCCAGGGUGUCCCCUGCCUUCGCCCCAAGUCAGCUGGGAUAGACUCCAUCCCCUCUAUGACCCUAAUGAGGAUUAAGUGGUAUAUAGAUAAUAGAUGGAUGUAUGUGGACUUAAAUAUGAGCAUUUCUGCACAACUCUGUCUGGACCAAUAACAACAAGACAGUUUUCAUCUGUCCACCUAAACUGUAAAUUGAGAACACUUGACCUAAGUGGUCAUUAAGAGAUUUGAAGAUUUAUCUACGUUGCUGAGUGGCAAUCUGUGCCCAUAUUUGUUGAUAUAGUUGUUUCCCACUGAAUGACACCGACCUUUGUGUUGACAGAUUUUGUUUUCUGACGUGAGCAAUGCAGCUUUUAACUUGUACAGUUUUGUUUUAGUGUAUGUAGUCGGAUGACAUUGCACUUAUUUCCUCACUUUGUGUUUUGUUGUAAAUAUUUCUGGACAGAAGUCUCUUAUGUAUAGUGAAAAUAUUUGAAUAUUUUUUGUGUGUCCUGCAUUUUUACUCCCAGAGAAUUGUGCAUUUGUGAUUGAUAUAUAUUUUUUUCACACUGUAUUACUCACAGAUGAAAAAGAUAUUUUGUACACAUGUACUUUUUCCAACAUUUCCCCACAGCACUGAUGACUAAUUGUUCACACUAAACAUCUUGCUAUGAUGAACUGCUAAAAACCUGUUUGAUGUCUACUUUACAGUUCUUCAUUUCUGCAGAUACUAUGCCUCUAUGGGGUUUUCCACUCAGACCACAUGACUUUUCACAUCCUGACAUCUAGUGGACUGAAUAAUCUGUUGAAGAACCUGAGGCCUCGCAGUGGCUUCAUAACCUCAGUAAUACGGUGGUUAGUAUUGUUACCUCACAGCAAAAGUUCUGAGUUAACACGUGCUGCGGCUUUACGUGUUUAUUUUGCACGUUUUCUUUGGGCCUUCAUGAGUGCUCCCAUUUACUCCCAUAAUCCAUAGACAUGCAUGGUAGGUUAAUUAGUGAUUCUACAUUGUCUGUAUGUGUGAAUGUGGAAAUUUGUCCAGCGUGUAGCCUCCUUCUCCCCCCAGUGCUGUCACCCCCUACAGGAUAAAACAGGUACAGCUGAUGGAUGAGCACAAUGUUAGACUUUGAAAACUUGGGAUAUUUGUUGUGAACUCAGCAACAGCAAUCCACUGUUGUUAGAUACUUGAUGAAACACUCAUUGCAGUAUGAUAGUUGACCAUAAAAAAGUUUAAAAAUUUUUCCAUACUGCUAAAUUAUUUUAAUGACUGUGUGGAUGAGAAGUGACACACGAUAGGAGCAGAAGUUGUGUUGUUAGUCUCUAGAAAAACACCUUAUAUUUGUUGUCUCUUAAGUUUCUUAUUUGUGUGCCUACAUCUUUAAUUUUCCUCUUCAGGUACAAUGUAAAUUAAUUCUUUAUAACUCAAUGUAUCUUAAGUCAAAUGAAGGUUAAACUUGAUUUCCUGUAAAAUUGCAGGUGCAGAAAAUCAAACGCAGCAUGUAGAAUUAAAACAGGAAGUCAUUAA